AAGGGAAAAAGCUUCCGUUUCUUCUGUUUCCGAAUUCGAAGAUUUAGGGUUUUGGGAGAGAAUGGCGGAGGAACAAGAGAAAACAGUGCCGGCGGAGGCGGCGGCGGCGGCGAGUGGCGAAUCGUUGCUUGAGAAGAUCACCGAGAAGCUUCAUGGUCACGAUUCCUCCUCCGAUCCCGAGAAACCGGUCGCUUCGUCCAUUAAGGACAAGGUUUAUCGUCUUUUCGGGAGGGAGAAGCCUCUUCAUUCUGUCCUCGGCGGUGGAAAACCUGCUGACGUUCUCUUGUGGAGGAACAAGAAGAUAUCUGCUGGUGUACUUAGCGGAGUGACUGCUGUUUGGAUCUUUUUUGAGUUGCUUGAAUAUCAUUUUCUUACUCUAGUCUGUCACAGUUUGAUUCUAUUGCUUGCGGUUUUGUUUUUAUGGUCCAAUGCUCAUACCUUUAUUCACAAGACUCCGCCUAAAAUCCCAGUAGUUCAUCUACCCGAAGAACCAUUUCUGCAAGUUGCAUCUGCACUGAGAAUCGAAAUCAACCGCGGCAUUGCUGCGAUCCGUGAUAUUGGUUCUGGAAGAGAUUUGAAGAAUUUCCUCAUUGUUAUUGUUGGCUUAUGGGUUCUAUCAAUUGUGGGAAACUGGUGCAAUUUCUUGACUUUGUUCUACAUAGCUUUUGUUUUGUUGCACACGGUUCCUGUCGUGUAUGAUAAAUAUGAGGAUAAGAUAGAUCCUCUGGCAGAAAAGGUAAUCAUUGAGAUUAAAAAGCAGUAUGCCGUUUUUGAUGCAAAGGUCUUGAGUAAGAUCCCAAAAGGUCCCUUGGAAGGCAAGAAGUUAGCUUAGUGUUCAAGGAUUUGUCCUCUUAAGGAAAAAAGGAGGAGCUCCACUUGACUGUUUUUUAUACGCAGGAGCCUCGUCUCCUUUAUCAUACAGCAACCCAUGUUUUGGGUUGAUUUUAGCCCGGUGGGUGCCAUGGCACCCAUGGGUUUAUCUUCGAGACGUGGUUUUUGAUUUUGCUAUAAGCAUAUGGAUUUUGCUGGCUACAAUGUUUGUUGGACUUGUUCUGUAGUCUUUCGAUAAAUCACUGUUGCUGUAAGCUAAAAAAUAUUCAUAUGUUUUUUUUUCUUCGAUUAAAAUGUUUGGCAUUUGAUUA